AUGAGUGAUGAUAUAAGACCUGAAUCACAACCACUACUUUCACCCAAGACUAGCAGAUCUUCUUCUGAAGGGUCUAAGCAUUUUGAUCAUGAUCUUUUAACUCAUUGGAAAAGACAACCUGACGACAAGAAAGAAAAGAAAUCACUAAAAUUUCGAAAUGGACUUCGUACCGUUGGUGGUGAAAGUUUAGUAACUGAUUUUGAUCAAGCUGAUUCUUGGGGGUUAUUACACGAAGCUGAUGAUUCAAGCAUUUCUAAAGUCAAUACCGAUAAAGAUAAUUUUAUCGAUCAUAGACCAAUAUUGGAAAACAUUGCUGGUAAUAGAUCGAACAGUAUCCCGGCAAAAUUCCCAUCAUCUCAACAUAGAGCAUCUUUACCUAAUAAUUCUGAACACCAUCAGGCCGAAGGAGAAAAAGAGAGAUUAGCUAGAAUGUCACCAUCAGAAUUGGAAGAGUGGGCUAAACGUAUGAACUAUGGCAGUAUUUCUCAAGGUCAUACAGUAAAGAGAUCGACAAGAGUUCAUAGAAGAAAUACUUUAGCAGGUGAUGAUGUGGUUAUCGAUGUAGAUGAACUCAUGGAACACGUCAAAGGUAAUAAUAAGUCUGGCUCCAGCUCAAAGAGUAAUUCAUCUGAUCAUUCUGGAAGAAAUAGUUCUCCCGGUGAUGGUUACAAUUCUCGUCCAACUUCGAGAGGUUCAUCAAACAAUUCAUCGCUAGAUGAUGUGUGUCUUUAUUUGGAACAUGAGAAUAGUCCAGAGAGUAAAGUUUGGCCUGAUAUUGCUGUAUUGGAAGAAUUUUCCAAGGAGGAAACUGAUAAGUUGAGAAAACAAGCCCUAGAAGAUGCUGAAGAGUUCCAUUUCCAAUACGAUGAUGAAGAUGAACCUGAUGAAGAAUCGCAUAAUAAUAACAAUGAUGGAAUUUUCUUCUCUAAACCUAUUGUCACUAGUAUCGAUGUACCAGAAUUGGGUAAUAGAAAAGUAAACGAAGCUGAGCAGUUAAAGAAAGGUAGAUUGAGACCAAGAAAACUAGCACCCUGGCAUUUAAGAAGGAAGGCUUUAAUGUCUUCGUCCUACCAAACUUUGAGAGAUCAUACGAAGCCAUGUGAUGAUAAUACUCAUAUGCGUGAUAAUUUCUUGGUGGGCCGUAACAUUCAGUACCCUCCACAUAUUGUUAAUAAUAACCCUGAACACUUCAGGUUCACUUACUUCCGUGUAGAUUUGGAUUCUACAGUUCAUUCACCAACUAUUUCAGGUCUUUUGCAACCAGGUCAAAAAUUUGAGGAAUUAUUUGUGGCUCCCGUCUACACCGAUACAUCGUCCAAGAGAUCUGUAAAUACUUCUACUUCGAAAGCUGGCACACCUUCCAAUCAACUGUCCAAUAACGGUAUUAAAGCUCUUAAUUCCGUGGCGGCUACCACUUCGGAAUUGGAAAAUGUACAACCUUUCUGGCUCGAUGUUUUAAACCCCACCGAAGAAGAGAUGAAAGUUUUGAGUAAAGCAUUUGGUAUUCAUCCUUUAACUACAGAAGAUAUCUUUUUGGGUGAAGCCCGUGAAAAAGUGGAAUUGUUUAGAGAUUAUUAUUUGGUGUGCUUUAGAAGUUUUGAUAUUGUCGCUGAAAAGCAUAUACGCCGUAGAAAGGAAAAACAGCAACAGUUGGAAGCAAUAUCACCAUUGUCUGAACGUGAAAGUUUACAUAGAUCUCAAAACUCAGGCAAACAUCCAUCAGGCUGGUUACAAUCGUUGUUGCGUCGUCGUCGUAGAUCAUCAGCAACAAGAACAGUAACUAAUUCUAGUGAAAGACGCCGCAGGACGGAGAAGGAGAAAGAAGAGAAGCAAAGGUACAAGAGAAAAUCUGGUGAUCGUUAUAAACCUCGUGAAGGUGAGUUGGAACCAUUGAAUGUUUACAUCAUUGUGUUUAGGACAGGUGUCUUGACUUUCCAUUUUGCCCCCACCCCUCAUCCUAUCAAUGUGAGAAGAAGAGCUAGGUUGCUGAAAGAUUAUCUAAAUGUAAGCUCCGACUGGAUUGCCUAUGCAUUGAUUGAUGAUAUCACAGAUGCAUUUGCCCCCAUGAUAGAACUAAUUGAAGAUGAAGUGUACGACAUUGAAGAUGCAAUUUUAAGAAUGCAUAGUUCAGAUGAUUCUAGCGACGAUUCUGAUGACGAUAGUGAAGAUAGUGAUUCUGAUCACGAAUCAUUUCCCUUCGAUAGGACUUCACGUCGUUCUACUGUGACUUCUGGGUCUCGUUCUGAUAGCUCAAGAUUCACCAGAUCUCAUUCCACAGGUGAAUCGACAUUUAACGAAAACCUGAUCGGUUGGAAGAAGAAAGGUGACAUGUUAAGACGUAUUGGUGAAUGUCGUAAACGUGUAAUGAGUAUUUUAAGACUACUGGGAUCAAAGGCAGAUGUGAUUAAGGGUUUCUCUAAGCGUUGUAACGAACGCUGGGACGUUGCACCACGUUCAGAGAUUGGUAUGUACUUAGGUGACAUCCAAGAUCACAUUAUAACGAUGGUAUCAUCACUAAACCACUACGAAAAAUUGUUAAGCCGUUCUCAUUCCAACUAUUUGGCCCAAAUCAAUAUUGACAUGACCAAAGUUAACAACGAUAUGAAUGACGUUUUGGGUAAAAUAACCAUCUUAGGUACUGUUGUCCUACCAAUGAACGUCAUGACAGGUUUAUGGGGGAUGAACGUUCUAGUUCCAGGCCAAGAGAGACCAUCGUUAGCUUGGUUCUAUGGUAUCUUCGCUACUAUGGUUAUUAUGGCAUAUACGGCUUAUUUGUAUACGAAGCGGAGGUUCGGGUUUUGA